GCCCGUCCAAUCGUCCCUCAUUUUCAUUUUCCUUUCAUCACCACGAAUCCCAUGCGCUGUGUCUUUCGCGACUGCUCCGAGCCCGUGCUGCCCGACUCGCACAAGUGUGCUUUCCACAAGAACCGCCGCCUCUGCUCGGUCAUUGGCUGCGAAAACCAAGUCUACGCCCGCAAGCUCUGCGUCAAGCACGGUGCUCGCAAGCGCUGCUCGUUCCCAAAAUGCCACGCCUUCACUCAGGGCUACGCGGCGUGUCCCGACCACCACGUCUGGCGGUCCCCCAAAGCAUCGUCAUCACCGGCAUCCUUGCCGUACAGUCCAAGCAGCGUCUCUGCGUACUACAACCACGCACCGAUGAUGGCCUCGACGCCGUAUGCUCUGGAGCUGUGUAAAGAAAGCCUCGACGCUGCUGUUUUUGCGUGCACGCCGCAGUGGAUCGACGCAAUUGACCUUGCCUGGCUUGAAGCCAUUUAACGACAAGCCUAAAUAAGUUAUUUG